ACAACGUCGUUCAAGAGGCAAGGCCAAAGUCGCUGCCGCUGGUGCCGGAGUAACUUCUGCAGCUCUGACGGUCGCCACAACUUUCCGGAUAUCAAGAUGGAGAACGACGUGUACCAUACCGUGAAGGGUCUCUACGUCAGUCGAUUUUUCGUCGAACAGAAUCUCAAAUCCGCCAUGUCUUACAAGCCGGUUCCGGGAGACGUGUUCAUCGUGAGCUACCCCAAGUGCGGAACGACGUGGAUGCAGCACAUCGUGUACAGCAUCUACUCCGGCGGAGUACCACCAAAGGAUGUGACGGAGUUCAUGACCCGGACUCCGUUUCUGGAGCUUUUAGGGGCAGAGAUUCUAGCCAAGAUGCCAAGACCAGGAGCCAUCAAGACUCAUCUUCCGUACCAUCUUCAACCUUAUUCACCAGACGCAAAGUACAUCUACGUCACCAGGAACCCAUACGACUGCUGCGUGUCCUUCUACUACCAUACCAAAACCUUUCCAGCGUACAAAUUUGAGAACAAUUCGUUCGACGACUUCUUCGAGAUGUUCAUGAGGGGCAAGGUGGACUUUGGAGACUACUUCGACCAUCAGCUCUCCUGGUACGAGCACAUCAACGACGACAACGUCUUGAUCGUGACCUACGAAGACCUCAAGAAGGACGCCCGUUCAGGGAUUCAGAAGAUCGCCGAUUUUCUGGGCGAUGAGUACGGUAAACGCCUGAGAGAGAACCCGGACGUUUUGGACACUGUCGUGAAGGUGACCAGCAUCGAAUUCAUGAAGGGUUUCAACAACGAAUUCAAGAAGUGGGCGCAGAUGGCUGACGAAGUGGCUGAGGGGAUGGACGGGUUGCGCCUGGUAAGGGAAGCAAUGACGGAAGAAGUAAGGAAGAAGCCCAUCACCGGCGAUUUUGUUCGCAAGGGUAUUGUGGGCGACUGGAGGAAUCAUUUCUCAGAGGACCAGGUCAAGCGACUCAAGGAACGAAUAGCAGCUAAAACUAAAGGCAGUGACCUUAUGAGUCUCUGGAAGGACGUCAACCUGCCGUAACAAAAGGGUUGGCAGUCAUCGAGUUCUUAAUCACAUCUAUGAGUUAUACUGUUACGCUCUGCCGGUUUAAAGGUGCGUCGGUCAGAGGAAGACAAUUAAGGUGUAAAUGUCAGGAGGAUGCUUGUUUUGAGGUUAAGGCUCGACCCUCGUCUGCUUUGGAGGUAAGCUAAGUGAACGAGAAUAAACAAAACAAAAUUUUAGAACAAGAGUUUCAAAUAAUGCUAUCAGUGCCUACGGGAAUGUAUUGCCCACCGGUUAUUCGGACUGUUACUUGACAUGUCUGAAUUCUCACGAGCGUGUUUGUUUAACAAGUUUCAAUAUUAUUGUAUUAUAUACGUAGUGGAUAUCACUGGUAUAUUCUGAAUAAAAGAUUUUUCCGAAAAAGG